CCCACGACUGGUCCAACAAGAUGUGCUGUGGUCACACUGGCGGUGCAGCACGCCGCGGUGCCUCUCCGCUCGCCUCCCAAGUCCGUCUCUGUCAUGUUAGUCGCAAGGCCCGCCUUCAGGCCCGCCCUGGUGCGCGGGCUGGCACUGCAGGCCCUGCGCGCGGGGCCGCGCGCUGCGGGUGCUGUGGAGGCGUGGUGGCCUGUUACGCGGGUGGCGGUGCUGGCCAAACCCUUUGGCCACCACCGCUGGAGCAGCACGAAGACCACAGUAGGAGAGGCAGUCCUGUGUAACAAGUCGGAUACGGUUGUUUUAAGUGUCCCACAUUCUGAUGAGAUGAGGUUCCCGUUUGUAUGGCUCAGAGACAACUGUCAAUGCAGUGUUUGUUUCCAUACCGAUUCACGAUCACGAACAAUCGAUGUGCAGACCUUUGAUAUUAAUUCAAAACCUACUGAAGUGAAGGUUUCCAGGGAUACUGUUCAUAUCAUUUGGUUGGAUGGCCAUGUCAGCGAUUUCAAUAUCAAUUGGUUGAAAGAACAUAGUUUCCAAAAAGAAGCACAGCAAAUGUGGCUAAAAAGUAUGUAUCGCCUACCGAGAAAAACCUGGACAGCACAAUCUUUUGAAGAUAUAUUAACACGAUUCCAAUUCAGUGAUGUGCUAAAAAGUGAUGAGUCACUAUAUAAUUGGUUAGUGAAUCUUGCCACAUUUGGAGUAUCUAUAAUUGAGAAUGCACCUGCUGAAAGCUCUACGAUACGGAAUCUAGCUGAGAGAGUAGCAUUCAUUCGAAGAACACACUAUGGAGAAGAAUUCUCAGUUCGAGCCAAACCAGGCACAACCAAUGUGGCAUAUUUGUCGGCAAAUUUACAACUACAUACUGAUCUUCCAUACUACAAUUACAAACCUGGAGCAAAUCUUCUACACUGUUUGGUCCAAACAGAGAGUGAUGGAGGUUCUAAUUUGCUCACAGACACACUUGCUGUAGCAGAAUGGAUUAAAAGAGUUGACGCCAAUUCAUACCAGGUGCUGACUCAAACUAUUGUUGACUGGAAUGACAUAGGACAAGAAGAUGGAAAUCAUUUUCAUAGUAUUCACCGGGCUCCAGUGAUUAGUGAAAACAGAUUUGGAGAAAUUGAACGAAUUAAUUUCAGUCAACCGCAAAGAGAUUCACACUUCAACAUUCCAGUUGAGGAUGUGAAGCCCUGGUACCAAGCAAUGGAUAAAUUUAUUAAGGCAGUUUACAGCAAUGAUUUCUGCGUCACUUAUAAGAUGAAAGAAGGUGAAGUAUUGACAUUUGAUAACAUUAGGCUACUACAUGGACGAAGAAAAUAUGAGGAUACUGGAAAUGUAGUAAGACAUGUUAUUGGUGGAUACUUAGACUGGGAUGAGAUCUGGUCGCGUAUUCGAGUUUUGAAGAAAGAAAUUCACCCGUCUGAUUGAUGAAAAUUAAGGUGAUCGUGAUCUUGAUCUUCUGAAACACACAAACCAUAAAGAUUGCACAAUAAAGAUUGCAAUAGUUAAUACAACCAAUUUGAUUGGCAACUUCAGCAUUUAUAGUAACAAAAACAUAGAAAACUAUCUAAUUUCAAAUUUAUGACAAAAGACUUACCUUGUAUGGCUAUCAUGAGAGGAAUAACUUUGCUUCUGAGACUUUUCCUUUGAAUGUGAAUCCUUAUCAGAGUCACUGUUGUCGUCAGAAGAGGAUGAAGAACUUGAAGAGUCAGAUGAACUCUACAUACAAUAAGAAAAGCAGUAAAAUCAGCUGAAAAAACAGAAAUUUUUAAAAUAAAAGUAAAUUUAAACAAUCUUACAUCAGAAGAUGAAUGUUUCUUCUUUUUCUUUGACUUAAGCUUCUUAGCCUUCUUUGCUUCUUUUUUCAAUUUCUUCUUUAAUUUUUUUGCAGCUUUCUUUCUUUUCUUGGCUUCUUUCUUCUCCUUUUUUGCCAACUUUUUUUCUUUUUUUCUUUCUUUUUUGUCAUCUAGUUCUACUGACUGUGUAGCACUCUCAGUCUUACCACGAUGAGUGCUUGCCAAAUCAUCCUGCUCUGGAAUGAGAUCAUAUGUUUUGCCACCUUUAACCUGUUUUGUUAGAAAUUUGAAAAUUAUCAUCACAACAUUGAACAUUUAGAUGAUUGAUAAUUACUGAAUGGACAGAAAUGGAUUAUACCUGAAAGCAGUCUUUUCCUAAAUGUCCUCGUGUGCCACAUUUACUACAAGUGGUGUUGAAAACUGCAUCGAGUGAAAUUGUUUUCCGUUUAUCACCAGGGGCCCAUUCCUUGCGCUUCUGUUCAUCAAGCCUAAAAUUGUAAUGUUUGUAAAAAAUUGAACUUACUUAAUGAAAUGUGUACUUAAUGAGUAAAACUUACUUGAUCUGAACUCCA